GUUGGACAAGCAACAUCGGAUAUCUGUACUCGCAACUGCAACUAAUAUUGCUGAAACCACCUAAAGAAUCUGCAACAGAAGCAGCCACGUAGAGCUAUCAACUUUCUAAGGAAAUCCGCGCCGGACUUUGUGUUUUAUAGAUACUUAUCGAUUAAAAUGCCGCGCUACCAGAAACUCAUCAACGAAUGCGACAGCAAGCCUGCAACAAAUGCGGGCCAACAAGAGCAACAACAUCGCUAUCAGCAGCAGCCAAAUGGGACGCCCAAUGUGGGAUAUCACUUGUAUCUGUACCGCCAGCAACUUUCUCAAAAGAAUGUGGAGUACAUGAGGUUGUCCAAGGCCAAGUACUUUAUCACCGACACUCUGCUGGCCAAAACGGUCAAGAAUUUGAAAGGAUGCAGCGUCGACGAGUUGAAGACUGUUAACCAUCAGAUCGUCUUCCGGCAUAAACUUCGUCGCCAGAUUCAGCGGCUUCGCAAGUUAAGAAGCCUGGGCAUCAAGAAUGCCAAUCCCAAAAUGGAGAGUACGGAAUUGUGAUAGUGAUUAAUAUACACAGGAUCGUCGGAGGAAAUAAUAUUUUACCGCAAUGGUUGAAUCAUAGUACAAGAAAUGUC